AAGCCUAGGCAAAACAAAAUCCAGGGCGACUGAAAUUUUCUACUAGAGAAUCUGUGGGUAAAGAGAGAAACUGUCGCCGAAUAUGGCGUCGUCGAAAGUAAUGCGGACUUCAAAUUCCCGAAAUUCGGAUCUCUCCCGACGCUCUGCUUCUUCUUCUUCUUCUUCCUCUUCAAAACCCCAAUCUUUCUCCGAUCAAAACAACAGCAGAUUAAGCUCGACAAUGACGGCCGACGGCAUUCUCCGAAACGUUUACUCAGCUGCUCCCAGUACGGAGACGACUCUGGUCGAUGCUUCCAUUACUGUAAUUGACACUCCGAUUCCCACCGCCGUCGCCGAUAAUUCCGAAGUUUCUCACGAUCAAAUGGUGGCGGAUUGUAAUAACAAUGUGGCGAAAACUGUAGACGAGGUUUGGAGAGAAAUAGUGUCCGGCGAGAGGAAAGAGAUCACGAUGAAAGAGGAAGCGCCCGACGAGAUGAUGACUUUGGAAGAUUUCUUGGCGAAGGCUAGUGCAGUGGAAGAAGCGGUGGCGGCUGCAACAACGGAGGUGAAGGUGCAUCCGGAUAGAUUGAGUGGAGGGGUCUACGCGUUUGAUCCUGUAGGAGAGAGUGCGUUUCAAAUUCUGGAUAAGAUGGAGGGGUCAAUUGUUGGGUUGGGGAACGGGAUGAAAGUCAUUGGAAGUGGAGGAGGGGGAGGAAGAGGGAAGAGAGCAAGAGGGAUUUUGAUGAAGCCCUUGGAUAAGGCGGCGCAGCAGCGGCAGAGGAGGAUGAUUAAAAACAGGGAAUCCGCGGCCAGAUCUAGGGAAAGGAAGCAGGCAUACCAAGUUGAAUUGGAGUCAUUAGCAGUGAAGCUUGAAGAGGAGAACGAGUGGCUGUUGAAAGAAAAGGCUGAGAGGACUAAGGAAAGGCUUAAGCAGAUGAGUGUAUCUAUUUCUGGGUGAGGAAUUUUGUGAUUCUGUCAUUGUUCAAGGAUUCAAUAAUUGGCCCUUGUUUACCUUCUUAUACAUUAGUUGGUCUUGAUAUUUGUUUUAGUUCUUAAAUAAUACUUGAGUGAGAAAAUGCAGUUAUGGCCGAAAGAGAAUCCAGCAAUAAAUUGGGCCUAUUAAAUUCCUAAAUAGUUGCUUAUCAUGUUGAUUUGUGGUGUAGCUCAUGGAAAAAGUGGUUCCAGUUCUGGAGCAGCAAAGACCACCACGUAUGCUCCGUAGAGUUUGUUCUUUGCAAUGGUAGAUAUUAUUUUCUUGAGAUUAGUGGGAGGGAAACAAAAACACCUAAUCUGACAUAAGGAGGGGGUUAAAGGGGAGGGUAACAGAAAGGGAGGACCCCCAUUAAAUUUAUCUUGUUUUACUAGUAAUUCCAAGCUGAUAGUUUUCUAGAGCAGUUGUGGUUGUUUGCAUGUAAACAAAGUGAAAAAGGGGUUGUAACCUGAAGCAUGUCCAUGAUGGACAAAUUUCUUGUUACGAAAUAGAAGAAUUGUGGCAAAGGAAUAUAGGGCAGGAGGCAUGAGUUGGCUUAUGUAGGCAGUGGGCUAUGAUGGUUCCUCAUGCAGCUGAUGUGCAAGAGGGAACAAAGGAUUCUGGACUAGUAUGUACUGUAUUUAUGUAGUGACAACUUUGGCAAAAUAUAGAAAGGCCAGUA